GUCUCUGCCACUGUGCUCAAGACCUGCAAGCCUUCUCGCCUCCCCCCGAUCUCCAUCACCGGCUCUCACCACGCGCUCGUGAGCAGCUGCGAGCUGGCCCGUCCCAUGACGAUGAGGGGGUUCCUCCGGUGCGUGGCGACGGGGGCAUGCAGGGUGGCGCCGGGCGCCGUGGCGGAGCCGGGGGCAGCGGCGGCGGCGUCGCCGGGUGGGAAGGUGCCGGCGGGGCACGUGCCGGUGGAGGUGGGCGCGGAGGGGGAGGAGACGGAGCGUUUCGUCGUGCCGGCCGAGCUGCUGGGCCGCCCGCCCAUCGCCGAGCUGCUCCGCCGGGCCGCGCAGGAGUACGGCUACGCGCGCCGCGGCCCGCUGCGCAUCCCCUGCCCCGCGGCGGCGUUCCGCCGCCUCGUCGGUUCACUAACCGGCAACGACGGCGGCCUGACGCUCGCCUAUUUCACCGUGGUCGUCUGAGAUCCUAGCGUAGCGUGUUUCCUCCCGGUUCUUGAGGCGUGGCUGUGCAGGCGUGCGUUGUGUUGUCAGUGUUCUUUUUUUUCGAACCAUGGUCAGUGACCCAGUGUUCUUGCUUGCUUUUCUUGGGGCUCCUAGAUUCCAUUUGUUCUUGCUUUCUUUCUUUUCCUUUUUUCUUUUGUGUAAUAAUAUGCAUGUAAAUUUGUAAAUCCAGAUCGAUGAGAUGUUUAUUCUAUCUACUUGUAGCACA